UACAGCACACAACUGGAGAAGGACACGGGCUCCUCGCGGAAAGGAAAAAAAACUGGAUGUCUUAAUAUUAGAGCGGGAGGGCUUUAUUUUAAUAAAGAGAAAGCGGAGGAAAAGCUCUCGAGAUAAGAGAGAACUUCGAGAAGCCGCCGCGUCAAAGCAGGAGGACCCAAAAUCACGACUGACGGUCUGAGAGGUUCCCUCCCGUUCCAGAGGCAAAAUGAGCUGGAGCUUCCUCACGCGUCUGCUGGACGAGAUUUCCAACCACUCCACCUUCGUGGGCAAAAUCUGGCUCACCCUCCUCAUCGUCUUCCGCAUCGUGCUGACCGCCGUAGGCGGCGAGUCCAUCUACUACGAUGAACAGAGCAAAUUCGUGUGCAACACUAAUCAGCCCGGUUGCGAGAAUGUGUGCUACGACGCGUUCGCGCCGCUGUCGCACAUCCGCUUCUGGGUGUUCCAGGUGAUUAUGAUCACCACCCCCACCAUCAUGUACCUCGGCUUCGCCAUGCACAAGAUAGCCCGCAUGGAGGACAGCGACUACCAGCCGCGGAACAGGAAGCGGAUGCCAAUUGUGAACCGUGGCGCCAACCGGGACUACGAGGAAGCGGAGGACAACGGGGAGGAGGACCCCAUGAUCCUGGAGGAGGAGGAGAUCGAGCCGGACAAGGAGAAGCCGGUGGCGGAGAAGCCCAGCAAAAAGCACGACGGGCGGCGGCGCAUCAAGCGCGACGGCCUGAUGAAGAUCUACGUGUUUCAGCUGCUGUCGCGCGCCACCUUCGAGGUCUCGUUCCUGUUCGGGCAGUACAUCCUUUACGGACUGGAGGUGGUGCCGUCGUACGUGUGCACGCGCUCCCCCUGCCCGCACACGGUGGACUGCUUCGUCUCCCGCCCCACGGAGAAAACCAUCUUCCUGCUCAUCAUGUACGCCGUCAGCGCCCUGUGUCUGCUCUUCACCCUGUUGGAGAUCCUGCACCUCGGCAUCAGCGGCAUCCAGGACUGCUUUUGCAUGCCGCGGCCCCCCAGCCCCCGGCACACGGCCACAUCCAGUCACAGGUCCUCCAUCUGCCGCCAGCCGUCGGCGCCCCCGGGCUACAACACGGCCCUGAAGAAGGACCCGUCGGGGAAAAUGGGCUUCAGGGACAACCUGGGAGACUCGGGUCGCGAGUCGUUCGGGGACGAGGCGUCGUCACGUGAGCUGGAGAGGCUGCGGAAGCACCUGAAACUGGCCCAGCAACAUCUGGACUUGGCGUAUCAGAAUGGGGAAAGCAGCCCGUCGCGUAGCAGCAGCCCCGAGUCCAACGGCACCGCGGUAGAGCAGAACAGACUAAACUUUGCCCAGGAGAAGCAGAGCAGUACCUGUGAGAAAGGUCUCCGUCCAUAGGUUCUCACGAGCCCAGCUGACACUGUAGACUUGAAUUCACAUCAGGAUCAGCGAGAGGACAUAAGGGAAUCAAAGUGUGUGUGUGAGAGUGUGAGAGUGUGUGAGUGAGUGACAUUACAUGUGCUUGAGGUGGAUGAAGUCAGCCCAAGCCUUCCAGUGUUACGACCGGUCGAGCAUCGAGUCAAACGAGGAGGAGAGCGGCCGUCUCGAACCCAGCAAUACUUGAGACGCCCGUCUGAAGAUCCAAAGUGCUUACAAACUACCGUCGUGCAGCAAGAACGGUUUCUGGUUAUCAUGUACUUCUCCCUCAGGGCAGCUAUUUGUUUUUAUAUUUUUUUAUUGUGAGACUUUAGAGCGAUUAGUUUUUUUUUUUUUGUUUGUUUUUUAAAGAGUUUGUCCUCAGUUGGAAGUCCACAGUGAAUGCAUCUCAAGUUUGCCUUAGACCUAAACUGGAACUCUCGUUUUAUGGCAUUUUGUUAUGGUAUGGUCAAGCCCGUUGUAGUGCAAAAAAACAUGUUUAAACUGUAAUCUUGUACUUUUGUGAGAAAGUGAAUCGGUGAGUGAGAUGCAAAAAAAAAACAAAAGGUUAACGGACAAACGCACCACUCGUAGAAGAAAGGUACUGGAGCGAUUGUUGUGCUGAUGAAGACUUUUUGAACAGUUAAUAUUCAUACAAAGGUUUCUCUCAAGUGUGUAUCAAAUCUUUUUUUUCCUUCAAUUGUUUUGACAAUGUUGGCACCGCACUCAGCAUUCCCAAGCCUGGUGCUUCGAUGGUAACUGGAACACACUUGGGAGGGGGCCUCUGUCCAAAGGAACAAAGAAACCUGGGUAAUGCUUGAAAAACAUGUAACUCUUGAUAUCGUCUUGCUUUGUUUAAACAUGUAUUUGAACUGUUCUUUAUUUUUGUAUUGAGUAUUGUGGUACCGACGAGCGGCUCUUGUCACUGUGGCAGACAUGAUUUUGACUUUAAACGAAUGACAUUUACUGCUGUCUUAGUUGCCUACAAACCCGUCUGUAACCGGUGUGUUGUGAAAGUGGUUCGGUACAAUUUGAGUUCAACUGCAACCAUUUAUUUGCAUUUUCAAAAAAAAAAUAUGGACAACCUGCAGCUUAUGUCUUUAUUUACACAUCGUCUCUGGCCAGCAAACAUUUCAUUUUUCCGUACGGACCUAGAUUUAAUUAUAUCUUCAAGCUAAAUAAGGGAAAAAUACUGUUUUGGUUGAUGUUUCACGUCUGAAAGUGCAGAUUUUUUGUGGAUUAGUGUCAUCGCUGUUCCAGAGUCCCAAUGAAGGUUGUAAACCAUGUAAUCAUUUCAAUGUGAAGUCAAUGCCUUGAACGCGCUCUAAGACGCCAUCUUUUUGUAUUCUGAAUCAUACCCACAGUGCCAAUUACUGCCAACUCAAAUAUUGUCAUCUCAAGUUAUUUUUGAACAAUGCUUUUUGUACUUUUUAUACCUUUUGUAUCGAUUGUACUCUGUGGUUAGUUUUUAAAAUAAAUUUUUUUCAACAAAA